ACACUCUCCAUACAGUCGUAUAUUUUUGAUACACUUUAGGACAGAUGCGCAAUACCACAUUCAUUCGGCUAUGUCGGCCAUUCCAGCUCAUACGACAUGUCACAGUUCCUUCGAGGACCCCACCCGCCACCCACUUCAACACACCUCGCCACAACUCUGACCCGGAGCCUGGAAAAGUGAGCAGUAUACCACCUACGGGCAAGGGUAUGGAUCCAGCUGAUGAUGCAGUUACGUUGGCGAAUGAGGGCGAUCAACCUGCUGCGGGAGAGCAAAACGGGAACGGCGACGAUCCUGGGUUGAGCACAGCAGAUAAGGCGAGCUGUAUUCGAGGGGAGUCCAAGUUUGACAACAAAUCAGACAACAAAGAUCCUAAUGUAGGAUGGGAGGAGGAUGUGAAACGAGGUUGGAUUGAGUGAUGUAGAAAAUGCUCUUUUGUCUCAAAAGUGUGUACACUUGAAAUGUAUUCAAUGCGAAAAAACAAAAAUGUCCAUUGGAAAGAUAGUGCAGCAGUACAUACAAAAUGCAAAUUUAGUAAUAGGUCAACAAAUUGUAUCAGGAGAUAUUUAGUUUGCAGGUGGAUUCUGAUGCAGUAGGAAGC